UCAGCCGCCAGAUGUUUUCUUUCAUAUGCCUUAAGUUAAAUCGUGGUGUUCCAUCACCUACCUACUUUUUUAAACUUUUAUUUAUUUAUUAACCUUUUUUCAAAUAAAUCCGAAUUAUUAUUCCUUUAGUGAAUUACAAUCAAAGUGAAAUGGGGUUUCAAGAUGGUAAAAUUGUUUUAGACAGUCCAAAUAAUGCGUAUUACUCGGGCCAAACCAUUCAUGGGCGGCUAAUAUUUGAACAGGACAAACAAAAAACUUUUCGAGGUAUCUAUGCGAGAAUGCGAGGAUAUUGCAACGUCCACUGGACCAGUGAUCACACGCGCAAGGUCGACGACCGCUCAGAAAGUUACACUGUUGAGCACAGCUCCCACGAAAAGUAUAUAGACCAUAAGGUGUUUCUUGCUGGUGGUAAAAGUGGUGAGCACCACCUGAAUCCCGGCAAGCAUGAGUUUCCAUUCAGCAUUAAUGUACCAUACACGUGCCCGUCGUCAUUCGAGGGCUCCUAUGGACAUGUCCGAUACGAGCUCAAGGUGGUCGUGGACCGGGCGUUCAAGAUUGAUAAAGAAAUCUCUGCACCUAUCAAGAUAAUAGCGCCGCUCGACUUGAACAAAGAGCAGUAUGCUAAAGAUCCCAUAGCGUUGGAACUCAACGACGUGUAUUGCUGCUGGUGCGUGAUGUCGGGCACCUCGGAGACGCUGGUGAAGCUGCCCGUCACCGGCUACUGCCCAGGACAGGUGAUGCCGGUCGAAGUGAACUGCGUCAAUAAGAGCAAUGUGGACAUUGAGAAAAUCAAGAUAACCGUCAAAAAGGAAAUAACGUUCAGAGCAGUGUGUAAUCCCGGCACCAAUAUGGAGCGCGACACAGUGCUGGAGGUGAAGAAGGGGCCCGUGCCCGCCAACAGCACGCGCAGCUGGGCGCUGCAGCUGGACGUGCCCGCCAUGGACAUCUACAACCUCGAUAGCUGCUCGCACAUCGACGUCAACUAUGAACUCAAGGUGACGGUAUGUCCAGAAGGGUGUCAUGAGGAUAACAGCGAAUCCUGCUUACUCAUUUUCGGCACGAUUCCUCUGGUGGACUUCCAAAACAACGUGCAAAAUCCACUGUACGAUCAAAUGCCACAACCCAUGGUCACAGAACAAGUCCAAAACUACCCCAGUCCCAAUACCGCAUACCCGACUCCAGUUAUAAACCAACCUUUACCAACUAUCUCCCCGUACCCAGGCGCAACACCUUAUCCCGGUGCAAACUCUCCUUACCAUAGUCCGAACGCGCCCUACCUUGGCUCUAGUUCACCUUAUUCUGGACCCAAUUCACCUUACCCCGGCCCAACCCCGCCGUACCCUGGCGCAAACCUACCUUACCCUGGUGCCAGUACUCCUAACACCUCUCCUUACCCUGCAGGAAAUCAAUCGUACCCUUCUAACUCACCAUAUCCAAGCCAAAACCAACCAUACCCCAGUACCAACCCUUAUCCAGGCUCCACUCCCCCUUAUCCUGGAAGCCAAUAUCCCAAUUCUAAUCCUUAUCCUAACAAUACUCCAUACCAAGGGACACCAAGUCAACAAUCAUCAGCUCCGUAUCCAACGCCUGGGGUGUCGCCUGUGUCGAAUACAUUAGCACAAUCGGGCAAAUAUGGUUUCAAGACUGAAACUGAAGAUGGCGCUACGAUUCCUUUGCUACCGCAAGGAACUAGUAUUCCUUUGCCUCGGUCCAUCAGCCCUGUGCCGCCCGCCAGCGCACCGCCCGUUGCCGCUGAAGAUGCCCACGGCCAACCCACAGCCGACGCUGAUACAGAAUCGAACCCUCCAUACAACCCUGAAUUCAUGAAAGCUAAAGAAGAAACGAAAAAAGAAGACGAAAAGAAAAUAUAGUUUGUAUGUACUUAUUAAGAGCGUUCACAUUAGCUUACUAAAACGUGGCAACACCGCAACUAUACAUCAAUUGUCAAAAAAAAUUAUAAAUUUUCAAUGUUUCUGAUUGACUUUUUAAAAGAGUUCUGCUAAAAAAAAGAAGAAAAAAGAAAGGGAAUUAAAAUAAUAAUUAUUUAAUAAUAUACUUAUUCAGCUGGCGCUGAAAAUUUAAAUUUGGAUAGCAUAAAAGUAUUAUAAAAAUUUCGAAACAAUAAAUGAAGUAAGUACGAAAUUUUUAGUGGUGAAUUUAGAUGUAACGUAUUCUGAAAAUAACUUUUUCUAUAUUGCAUAUAAAAAAACUACACUUCCUAUUUUGCAUCGGAAUUUUUCAACAAAUAAUUGCGACCUAGCAACACUUUGGUUAGCUAAAGUUAUGAACGUUUAUAAAUGAAAUGUUGCCAUGUAAUGAACAUUCACUACCACAAUGGAAACACGGAAUAAUUAUAAAUAAUAAUAAGAAGAAUAAGAAAAAAAAUAAGUCUAGGUUUUAUCCGAGUUACCGACCCUUUUUCGCGCCACUCCAAUCUGCAAUUUGAUUGAUUGACAUAUACGUCAAUCAGUCAGUAUUUACUAGCUCUUCCAUGCGCGCGUAAUUGGUUACGACUUUUAUAACGAUACGGAACGUUACAACCGCCCACCACCUGCAAAUGAUUAUAGACCUUAUUUAAAAUGGAAUCGGUGCUUUUAAAAGGUUAUUUUAGAAUUGACGACAUAUUGAUUUUUAUUACGACCCAUAUAUUUCUCAUCAUAAGAGCUUACUACGAAUUUACUACUCUAAUAUCCUCAAUUAAUAUUAAGUAGGUUACAUAUUAAUUAAGUCAUAUUAUGCGCUUCGUACUUUAAUAAAAAAAAAAAGAUAUUAGUACUAUUUCUAUGCUCGUGUUUAAGAAAGUUAAAACUUAGUUAUAUAAGGCAUUUAUUCAUU